CCCCCCGGCCACUCGGACGUCAUGGGCUGGCCUCGUUUAUUCAUUCACCAGCCUCUCUCGCUCUCCACCACAAUUGUAGCCAGCGCAUACAUACAUACUCAUUCUUUGUCGGUCACCUUGGGCAGAAAAUCACCGGUUGGGUGAGCUGUCACGGACAAUUUAUUCGUCUGUUCAAUUAUACGUCGUUAUUUGAGCCAAGACUGAAACCUGAACGCCCAUAAUGUCUGAUACUCGCAAGUCAAACAAGUCACCGCUUCAAUCGCUGGAUCCUCAGCCCAUCCGAACUCCGUCUCCCUCUCGGGACCGUGACCGAGAGCGAGACCGGCGGGAUCGUGCUUUUGAUCGAGGUCCAGAGAGAGCAAAGUCAUAUCCAGGCCCCGAAUCUCAAUAUGGUCCUCAACCUUAUGGGCCUCAGAACUACAAUCCCCAGGAUUAUGCCAAUCAGAGCUAUAAUCCUCAGAAUUACGACUCGCCGGGCUACAACCAGCCUUACAACCCGCAGAACUACCCUCCUGUAUCAGGUCCUCAAACUGGUCCAGGCAACCUCCCGAUCCGUCCUGCCUCUGAAUCGUAUCUUCCCAACCAUGCCGGAGCCAUGGCUACCGCAUCAACCCAGCAAAUGGUCCCCGCCACAGCACCGAGUGACCUGCGAGAGUUACAAGCUCUUAGAGUGAACUGCCAGUUCAAUCUGCGCGAGUACAUGAGCCUGCAGCGUCAGCGACGAGGUGGCGAUUCUGCCGUCUCUGCUUAUGAGCUUGAGACCCGGAUUCGAAACCAGACCAACAUGGUCCUGAAUGAUCUGAGGAUCCUGCAGGGCGAGGUGCGCAGCAUCGCUAAAGAAGCCGAGAACCAUCGAUGGCGAAGAUGGAUCAUCGGAGGAGCUAUUGCUACGUUCAUUCCCUUCAUCCGCCGCUUCUGGCGCCGAAACGACGGUGACGAAGAUUCUCACUCAUCAGCCAACGACACCGAGUACGCCUUCAAAAAGUCAAAGGGUCUUCUCGAGCACAUCAAGAAUGGUAUACUUGGCAAAGGCCGCUUCGCCAAAUUGGCUUUCUUUGUAUUUGCCGUGCUCGUUGUGUUCUCUAAUGAAGUGUCUAUUCGAGUAGCUCGGACUGUGCAGAAGAGGCUUAAGAAGCUGACAGCGAGAAUCGAGCACGGUGAUCCGGAUAUCGAUGAGAAGGACAUGAAGCUCCUCGAGGGCUGGCGAUGGAGGGUUCUACUGUGGUAAGACAGUGCCACUACGAUGACAUGAAAGGUACAUAAGAUGAGGAUAUGAUUGAAACGAAGCCGAGGCGAUUGCAUUUACUGAAUGGUUUUUAUUGUAAGAUUGCAGUAUAUUUAUCUGUAUGAUGUCAUGAGUUUUCAAUACAUCCAUGGUUGCAAAUCAAAUGAUGGGAGUUUUCUGGUAACAAUUGCAAAUGAACUGCUUGCUUGUGUUUAUGGGAGUCUGUGCCUACAAGUCAUCGCUAAUUUAUGAGACCUCCACUG